AUGUUAUAUAAGACUGUGGUCUCCCUUGGUCUUGCCACCGUCGCCCUUGCUCUUCCUUCAAACAAGGAUAGCAAGGGCCUCGUGGCCAGCAAAUUCAUCGUCGCGCUCAAGCCAACUGCCAACGUUGACCUUGAUCUGCACGCUCGAUGGGUGUCGGAUGUGCACGGACAAGCUCUUGCCCGUCGUGGCGCCGAGUCUGAUGGAAUUGACACGACAUUUAGUUUCCCUGGUUUCAAAGGCUACUCAGGUUCUUUUGAUGAGGAUACCAUCAAGAUUAUCAAGGCCAACUCCAGUGUCUUACAUGUUGAACCCGAACAGAUAUUUACUAUUGCCUCACCAGUCACACAGCAAUCUCCUCCUUGGGGUCUCUCCGCAAUUUCCAACGCCAAUCCCCCAUCCUCCAAGGCCUUAUACACCUACGAUUCAACAGCUGGGGCAGGGACAUUUGUCUAUGUUCUAGACAGCGGCAUCUACCGCGAGCAUGAGGAAUUUCAAGGCCGCGCUGUGUUCGGUGCAGACACGUCAGGUAUUUCGAGCAAGAAGCAGCACGGCACGCUUGUCGCCGCCAUCGUCAACGGUGCCACAUACGGAGUUGCCAAAAAGGCGACCGUUGUGGAUGUGCAAGUCCUAGGCGAUGAUAGUGGCUCCUCCAGUGGCGUUCUGUCUGGACUUAGCUGGACAGUCAAUGACGUUGUGUCAAAGAACCGAGCUGGCAAGGCUGUGAUCAACAUGAGCUUGUCGGGAGCCAACUCGGUCAUCUUCAAUGAGGCGGUACAGAAAGCUAUUGACGCUGGAAUUCCUGUCGUCGCAGCCGCGGGGAAUGCCAACGAAGAUGCUUCAAAAAGCAGCCCGGCAAAUCAACCUAACGUUAUCACGGUGGCGGCCAGCAACAAAGACUAUCAACGAUGGGCUUCGUCCAACUGGGGGUCAGCGUGUGACGUUUUUGCUCCAGGUGAAGAAAUUACAUCAGCUUGGCCCACAUCUGCUUCAGCAACAUACAUUGCAAGCGGCACGUCAGAGGCCUCUCCGCAUGUUGCAGGCAUCAUUGCCUAUCUCUUCGCACUGGAAGGUUCACGCACCCCGGCUCAGAUUUGGUCGCGACUCAAGGAGCUGGCGAUCAAGGAUAAGAUCACAGAUGUUAAGGGAGUUCCAAACUUAUUGGUAUACAACGGUGUUGGCAAAUGA